CCUCUCCCCAGCUUAAUUCUCAUAUUUUCAUUGCCCAAUAUACGUACUCGAGAUCGACUGCAGAACCAUUUAUCUCUUACUCAAUUUCCUUGACGUAUGCUUUGUGACCAUGCCCCGACGAGUCAGCGGAAGCUCCGACGGGUUUUCUCGCCAGCCCCUGCAUGCAAAGCUAUUGCGCUUCUUUUCGCAGAAUUCAUUUCCGAGGCCGACCCUGUUCAAAGCAUCGCCUGCCUUCUCAGCUUCAGCCCCUAAUCUUGAUCCAGCGAGGGCAGAGUCGGUGGGUCCGCGUGGCAUUCUCAGGAAACAAAUGAGUAGUUCAUCGAGUGAGGAUCCCUCCUCGCCUCCCACAAGCUACGCCGCCGAGACGGACCAUGAGACGGACCUUGAGCCAUCAACAAUGGAAGCGAUGGCUGCGCUGCCUCUGCAGCAGCAGACAAAGGCAUUACUGCGGCAAAUCGGGGCGAUGGACAUGGAACGGAACAUGGAACGGACCGAACUGGAGGCGAAACUUCAUGAGUGGGAAAGAAAGUACAAGGAUGCUGACAGGAAGCUCAGGGAAAUCCAAGGUCCACAAGGGAGACGAGGAAGCAGCUCUUCAACGCAGUCAGAUGACGGGCGGUUAGGGGCACUCCAGGCAGAACUAACAUUCCAGCAAGCUCAAGGGGUGAGCAGGCAAGAAGUACUGCACAAGCUGUUGGAGUUGGAAGAGACGCGAACACAGCAGCUACUGCAAUGGAACGAAGAACGCAGCGCAUUACAGAGCUCAAUAACCGCCCUGAGUAUUCGCAACUUCCAACUGGAAGGCCAGGUAGCGCAGUUCCGCGAAUCCGAACUCGAUCUACAGGUACGAGUACUCUGAUGAUCUGCACCUCGGCCAUAUGAAGCCGUACAUGAUCGCUCCGCUGAAGAAAGUUUGGUCUUCCUUGCCAUUCACCGUCGCAGC